UUUAAUCCCCACUAGAGACACUUUGAGGAUGAGGAUCUCUUACUCUUUUCCCCUCACUCUCAAAGUGUGUUACCAGCAAAUAUCAAACCAAAAAAAAAAACUCUGUACCAAUUGAUAAAUAACAUUUAUUCCACGGUUUAAUCAAAAUAACAAAACCAUAAAUCGAUCCCGUAUUGUAUUUUCCAAAAAAGUAGAGUAAACAAUAAACAAAAAGGCAACGAAAUCAGUUAGUGUAAAAUUAGAGGCUCAAUUUUUCCCACACAUUCUCACACGGCCACACCACAAUCUUUUUGUUUUUCUGGGCACUUCCUCCUCAAACUCCUCCAUUUUUUCUUACACCCUUCAAUAAUCACACAUGAACACUUCAAUUCUACCCAUUUUCUUCUCCUUCAAUCCAUAAAUCAACAAAUUCAAAAACAAAAACAAAAUCAAAACUUAAAAAUACAAAAAAAUGGCGACCACACCUUUCUAUCUUCUCUCACCUUCUCUCACUAUCACUGCAUCCACCGACCGCUCACAUUCGCCGUCGAUAAGCUCCUCCUCCUUCAUCAAUGGCGGCGGAAGCCUCAGUUUCCGGUCGAAUUGCAAUUUUAUCGCUCUUUCGCCGUCGCCGGCUUACCGGAAUAACUCACAAUUUAGUAAGAGGAAGCGGGGGUUUAUAGUACGCGCUGCUUCGUCGGAUUAUUAUGCAACUUUAGGUGUUUCUAGGUCUGCUUCUGUUAAAGAGAUCAAAGCUGCUUACAGAAAGUUAGCUCGGCAGUUUCAUCCGGAUGUUAACAAGGAUCCCGGAGCAACAGAUAAGUUCAAGGAGAUUAGUGCAGCUUAUGAGGUGUUAUCAGAUGACAAAAAGAGGGCUUUGUAUGAUCAGUAUGGUGAAGAUGGACUGAAAAGUGCUGUUGGAGGAGGAGCUGGUGCCUACACGAGCAAUCCAUUUGAUCUUUUUGAGACUUUCUUUGGAGCAAGUAUGGGUGGCUUCCCAGGGAUGGAUUCUGCCUUUGGAACACGUCGACAGGCUACUGUUACUAAAGGUGAUGAUAUACGCUACGACAUGACUUUAGGAUUUUCUGAGGCUAUUUUUGGGGUGGAGAAAGAGUUUGAGCUUUCGCAUUUGGAAACAUGUGAGGCUUGUGCUGGGAGUGGGGCAAAAGCUGGAUCUAAGAUGAGGAUAUGCUCAACUUGUGGAGGAAGGGGUCAGGUGAUGCGAACUGAGCAGACGCCUUUUGGUUUGUUCUCACAGGUUUCUGUAUGUCCAAAUUGUGGUGGCAAUGGUGAAGUUAUUGCAGAAUAUUGUCGCAAAUGUGCUGGGGAGGGGAGAAUUCGUGUUAAAAAGGAUAUCAAAAUCAAAGUUCCUCCUGGGGUCAGCCGGGGUAGUGUUCUCCGGGUUGCUGGGGAGGGUGAUGCUGCGCCAAAAGGGGGUCCCCCAGGAGAUCUUUUUGUUUACCUUGAUAUUGAAGAGAUACCAGAUAUUCAAAGAGAUGGUAUAAAUCUCCGCUCAGCAAUUUCUAUCAGCUACAUUGAUGCCAUACUGGGCACUGUUGUUAAGGUUAAGACUGUUGAAGGGACCAUUGAUUUGGAGGUUCCACCAGGUGCUCAACCAGGAGACAUCCUUGUUCUUGCAAAGAAGGGUGUACCGAAACUCAACAAACCCUCCAUACGCGGCGAUCACUUGUUUACUGUAAAAAUUACUAUACCAAAGCGCAUCAGUGUUCGAGAACGUGAAUUACUUGAAGAACUUGCUGUCCUUAGUACUACGAAAAGUAACCGUACACGUCCUCGUCCUCAGCCUCGACAAGCCGUUGAAGUGACGGAGACUCAGGCAAGUACUGAUGCUGAGGAAAGCAAGGAAUCAGGAGAUCAGAAUGACCCGUGGAAGAAAAUAAAAGAUUUUGCUGGAUCGGUGGCAAACGGUGCUCUAAAAUGGCUGAGGGAUAAUUUGUAGUUGUGAUCUCAGCUUGUGAUAUUGAUGUCUUCUAUUGUGAGCAUGCAUUUAAAAAUGCCUUGAAGGAAGCAAGUGAGAGUAAACAGAAUCGGUUGCUUGACCAGAUAGAUUGGCUGCAGUUAGGACAAUUUUUUGAUUCUUUUGCGCAGUUUGUAAAUGGCUCAAGCUGAUGGUGCCUUUUUUCUACCUAUUGUAAUGCAAUGCGCAAAUGUAGAGUAAUAUAUAGACCCUUUUUUGAACAGAUGACAUGAUUCAGGGAAUUACAAUGAUUGGUAAAUUGAAGAGUAUUAACCACUUGGUGUUUGAGCGCGCUCCUUUCUUGUUAAAGGAAUGCAAACAAUUGUUUUACCUGCAGAGACUAAUAAUUUUUCUUGAAUCAAUUAUUAAUAAUAUCUUUCAAC